AUGGACCUUUAUUCAGGGUAUCGUUUCACCAAAAUAACUCACCACGACGUAUAUCCCAAAAUUCAUUGGAAGAACCCUGAGCUAUCCGUCAAGGGACAAAAUGUGCUUAUCAGCGGUGGAGGUUCAGGUAUUGGGUUGGCAACAGCCAAGUUCUACGCAAAGGCCGGUGCGAAGACUGUAGUCAUCACUGGACGACGCAGUGCACCCCUUGAGGAGGCAAAGGACGAUAUAAGGAAGGAUAGCCCCGGGACUGACGUAGUCACUAUUCCAACGGAUGUCAGUUCCAAAGCCUCGGUUGAUGCCCUAUGGACUACUGUUCGAGCAAAGGUGGGAAAUAUUCACGUUCUGGUCAACAAUGCUGGUCGCAGUGGAAACAGUACUCGCCUCGGGGAUGGCAAUGAGAUUGAGUGGUGGGCAACUCAGGAAACAAACCUACUUGGGACCUAUCUGAUGACAGAGAAGUACAUCUCGUCCCUCAAAAUGGGAGGAGCGACUGUCAAAGGAACAGUAAUCAUCAUAGCCUCUCAGAUGGGGUUUGUAGAGCAUCCAGGCAGUUCGGCAUACUCCAUUUCGAAACUCGCAGUUGCGAAAUUGGCACAACAUAUCGACGUUGAAUAUCCCACAAUCCGGGCUUUUGCCACCCACCCAGGAAUCAUCCCAACUGAGCUUGCGAAAUCCCUUGGGGACGCUGCGAAGGAUACAGUUGAACUUGGUGCUGGUCUGAAUCUUUACCUUGCCUCGCCACGAGCCGACUUCCUGCGUGGGCGCUAUGUCACUGCUAAUUGGGAUAUUGAAGAGCUGGAGGCGCACCAGUCAGAAAUACUUGCUCAAAAUAUGCUGCGAGUUGGUAUAUUGGCUGAUAUCGGUCCGGAAGGCCACGAGUGGUAA